AAAUACUUCCCGUUCUUCCCCACAGCAGGAGGUUUUAUUUAAAAUAAAGCUGUUUAUUUGGCAUUUCUGGGAGGCCCUUUUCUGAGGAACCACAGCAAUGAAUGGCCUUGCAUCCUUGCUUCGAAGAAACCAAUUUAUCCUCCUGGUACUAUUUCUUUUGCAAAUUCAGAGUCUGGGUCUGGAUAUCGAUAGCCGUCCUACCGCUGAAGUCUGUGCCACACACACAAUUUCACCAGGACCCAAAGGAGAUGAUGGUGAAAAAGGAGAUCCAGGAGAAGAGGGAAAGCAUGGCAAAGUGGGACGCGUGGGGCCGAAAGGAAUUAAAGGAGAACUGGGUGAUAUAGGAGAUCAGGGCAAUAUUGGCAAGACUGGGCCCAUUGGCAAGAAGGGUGACAAAGGGGAAAAAGGUUUGCUUGGAAUACCUGGAGAAAAAGGCAAAGCAGGUACCGUCUGUGAUUGUGGAAGAUACCGGAAAUUUGUUGGACAACUGGAUAUUAGUAUUGCUCGGCUCAAGACAUCUAUGAAAUUUGUCAAGAAUGUGAUAGCAGGGAUUAGGGAAACUGAAGAGAAAUUCUACUACAUCGUGCAGGAAGAGAAGAACUACAGGGAAUCCCUAACCCACUGCAGGAUUCGGGGUGGAAUGCUAGCCAUGCCCAAGGAUGAAGCUGCCAACACACUCAUAGCUGACUAUGUUGCCAAGAGUGGCUUCUUUCGGGUGUUCAUUGGCGUGAAUGACCUUGAAAGGGAGGGACAGUACGUGUUCACAGACAACACUCCACUGCAGAACUAUAGCAACUGGAAUGAGGGGGAACCCAGCGACCCCUAUGGUCAUGAGGACUGUGUGGAGAUGCUGAGCUCUGGCAGAUGGAAUGACACAGAGUGCCAUCUUACCAUGUACUUUGUCUGUGAGUUCAUCAAGAAGAAAAAGUAACUUCCCUCAUCCUACGUAUUUGCUAUUUUCUUGUGACCAUCAUUAUAGUUAUUAUUAUCCAUCCUUUUUUUCCCUAAUUAUACUACAUUUGAUCUGAGUCAACACAGCUAGGAAAUGCUAAACUAAGGUAUGGAGCCUCCAUCAUCA